AGCGGUUAAUGCGCUUGCGGGAAAAUAUAUUCACCAUUUCCGGGUGCCGUGCGUCUUUACGUCAACCUCCCUGGUCAAGAUGGCAGCAGCUAUGGAUGUAGAUACACCAAGCGGCACAAACAGUGGCGCAAGCAAGAAGCGAUUUGAAGUCAAAAAGUGGAAUGCUGUGGCGCUGUGGGCUUGGGACAUUGUGGUGGAUAACUGCGCUAUUUGUCGGAACCAUAUUAUGGAUCUUUGUAUAGAGUGUCAGGCCAAUCAAGCAUCAGCAACAUCUGAGGAGUGCACUGUAGCCUGGGGCGUGUGCAAUCACGCCUUCCAUUUCCACUGUAUUUCCCGCUGGUUGAAAACCAGACAGGUUUUGCCCCUCUGGACAACGGGAGUGGGAGUUUCAGAAAUAUGGGCAUUAGCUGUGUUAUUGACUUUCUUUCUUCGGUUUCUGCAAACAUCAACCUUACAUCUCCUGCUUCUCUGCUGGUUGAAAUACUAGUUGUUAUUUUACACCAAUGUCUUUGUUUUGGUUAUGCUGUAAGUAAAUAAACAAACAUGUCACACAACAGAA